CCUCUCAGGGCUAUCCAUGGCCUCCCCAUGGCCAAUUUGAGUCUCCUCUGUGACUCCAAACCCUACUUGGAAGGUCUUGUGGGCUCCAGGGCCGGCGGCGGCUGCAACCCCGAGGGACGGGGCCCUAGGCGGUGGCAAUGGGGGCCGCCCGGAUCGCGCCCGGCCUGGCGCUCCUGCUCUGCUGUCCGGUGCUCAGCUCGGCAUACGCGCUGGUGGAUGCAGAUGACGUCAUGACCAAAGAGGAGCAGAUCUUCCUGCUGCACCGUGCCCAGGCCCAAUGUGAGAAGCGGCUCAAAGAAGUCCUGCAGAGGCCAGCUGACAUAAUGGAAUCAGACAAAGGAUGGGCAUCUGCGCCCACAUCAGGGAAGCCCAGGAAAGAGAAGGCAUCUGGGAAGCUUUAUCCUGAGUCUGGGGAGGACACUGGUAGCAGGCACCAAGGGCGCCCCUGCCUGCCAGAGUGGGACCACAUCCUGUGCUGGCCGCUGGGGGCACCAGGUGAGGUGGUGGCCAUGCCCUGUCCCGACUACAUCUAUGACUUCAAUCAUAAAGGCCACGCCUACCGACGCUGUGACCGCAAUGGCAGCUGGGAGCUGGUUCCCGGGCACAACCGGACAUGGGCCAACUACAGCGAGUGUGUCAAGUUCCUGACCAAUGAGACUCGUGAACGGGAGGUGUUUGACCGCCUGGGCAUGAUCUACACCGUGGGCUACUCCGUCUCGCUGGCCUCCCUCACCGUGGCUGUCCUCAUUCUGGCCUACUUCAGGAGGCUGCACUGCACACGCAACUACAUCCACAUGCACUUGUUCCUGUCCUUCAUGCUGCGCGCUGUGAGCAUCUUCGUCAAGGACGCGGUGCUCUACUCGGGCGCCACGCUCGAUGAGGCUGAGCGCCUCACUGAGGAAGAGCUGCGCGCCAUUGCCCAGGCACCGCUGCCACCUGUCGCCGCCACCAGCUACGUGGGCUGCCGGGUUGCUGUGACCUUCUUCCUUUACUUCCUGGCCACCAACUACUACUGGAUUCUGGUGGAGGGGCUGUACCUGCACAGCCUCAUCUUCAUGGCCUUCUUCUCCGAGAAGAAGUACCUGUGGGGCUUUACAGUCUUCGGCUGGGGUCUGCCUGCCAUCUUCGUGGCUGUGUGGGUCAGUGUGAGAGCCACUCUGGCAAACACCGGGUGCUGGGACUUGAGCUCUGGGAACAAGAAGUGGAUCAUCCAGGUGCCCAUCCUGGCCUCCAUUGUGCUCAACUUCAUCCUCUUCAUCAACAUUGUCCGGGUCCUUGCCACCAAGCUGCGGGAGACCAACGCCGGCCGGUGUGACACGCGGCAGCAGUACCGGAAGCUGCUCAAAUCCACACUGGUGCUCAUGCCGCUCUUUGGCGUCCAUUACAUCGUCUUCAUGGCUACGCCAUACACUGAGGUCUCAGGGACGCUCUGGCAAGUCCAGAUGCACUACGAGAUGCUCUUCAACUCCUUCCAGGGAUUUUUUGUUGCCAUCAUAUACUGUUUCUGCAACGGCGAGGUACAGGCUGAAAUCAAGAAAUCCUGGAGCCGCUGGACAUUGGCACUGGACUUUAAGCGCAAGGCACGUAGUGGGAGCAGCAGCUACAGCUAUGGUCCGAUGGUGUCUCACACGAGUGUGACCAAUGUGGGGCCCCGCACGGGACUUGGCCUGCCCCUCAGCCCCCGCCUGCUGCCUGCCGCCACCACCAAUGGCCACCCCCAGCUGCCCUGCCACACCAAGCCAGAGACCCCAGCUCUCCAGACCACACCCCCUGUCGUGGCCGCUCCUAAGGACGAUGGGUUCCUCAACGGCUCCUGCUCAGGGUUGGAUGAGGAGGCCUCUGCACCAGAGAGGCCAUCUGUUCUGCUGCAGGAGGAGUGGGAGACAGUCAUGUGAUCGGGGACCCAAGGGUUGGACCUGUGGACAUAAGGGUGGACAGGCUGACCAAGAGACACGUGGUUGGACAGUUGCCUACUUAGGGCUGGGAGCUGGAGGACAAAACAGGAAAAAAAGAAAAUGAAAAAAAAAAAA